GCAGCACUGGAGAGCCAGGGGAAGAAUGCAUCUGCCUAGUGCCAGGCAGCCCAGGCCUUUCCCUGGCCCUGCUGAUAUCCUCCAGAAUGAGGAGAAUUGGAUACGGUCCUCCCAGAACCGUGAUGUGCCACCACCUCCCUGGAUGUACAGAGAGGACCAGCAGAGCCAUAAAAUACCACAGCUGCGUCACCGGGACUUCUUGGCCCAGCCUGAGUUCCCCAGCCAGGAGCAGCGUCCUGCUGGAUUCCCAUGGGAGCAAGAAGCCUCCUGGGACAACUGCUUCCCCCGGCGCCACUAUGGCCCACGCCGGAGACGCUACCGACUCCUUCGGCCCAUCCAGCAGGAGACAGCAGACUGCAGCCGUUCUCCCCGCAGCUCCCGAGGCUACCGUCCAUCCUGCAAGCCCUCUCGGUCCUGCUCCCCGGAGAGCCAGCCAGGGGUCAGAGAGCAGCUCACGGCUCCCCAGUCACCUGCUGCCUGCAGAAAGAGUCUGCAAAGCCAGCAGCAGGUGGGUGAGGGCCAGCUGGUGGCAAGCAGCAAGGCGCCGCAACAGCCCGGGCAUGCAGAGAAGAGCCCAGAGAAGAGCCUGGGCACUGACCCCCAGGCAGCAGAGCAGGAGCCAGCGGCAGGAGCAAAGCCAGUACGUGUGCACCUCUUUCCCGAGUGCAGAUGGAGAGACUUUCACCCGGGGAGCCGCCCAGCUCGGGGGAUCCGUUCCACCUGUGUCACACCUCGCUUCUCUCUCUCACUCUUCACUUUGGUGUCUCUUGGACAGAACUCAUCCCUGCCUCAUGCUAUUGCGUGUCUGCAGGUUGAGCCCGAAGGAGAGGGAGCUGCAGACAACGAGCAGCUCUGUGCCCUGGAGUUGGAGCCAGUCUCCUCGGAGACAUCCAGCACCAGCGAGGAGGAAGGCUUGGAGCUGGGAAGGUGGGAUUUUGCGGUCCCCUCCAUGAACCUCAUUCUUCUGUUUGCCCGGGCUGUAUCCAAAUGCCUCUGUGUGGACUCUGAAAUGCAGCUGUAG